AUGUUCUGGACCAUCGGAUGCGUUUAUGGGGCAUCUUCCGUCAUAUUCGGGGCCUUUGGAGCUCACGGGCUCAAGAAAACCAUCAGUGACCCCGCAAGGCUCGCAAACUGGUCGACCGCUGCUCAAUACCAGUUAAUUCAUAGCGGUGUCCUCCUUUUGACUGCCACAGCAGCUCCAAAGAACAAGGUUGCUGCCGCACUUUUCACCGCCGGGAUGACGAUGUUUAGUGGCAGCAUUUAUCUUCUCGUUCUGGAUCCCCAGCGUUUCAAGGCUUUAGGCCCUGUGACUCCGCUGGGAGGCAUGUGCUUGAUCGCCGGAUGGGCCGCCCUCGCUUUUGGCAGUCGAGGUCGAUUUAUUCAGUGA